UAGCUAUGUAAAAGCAGAACCAAAACCCACUUCAAGAAAUGGGUUCUCUAAUGGCUUCCAUUUCAAUCACCCUUGCAUUGACCAUAAUGCUAUUCAGUUUCCCAUCUGAAAUUUCAGCAAACCACUACGCCUAUUCCUCUCCUCCACCUCCUCCUAAGCCUUACUCCUACCACUCUCCACCACCACCGGUUCACUCACCACCUCCACCAUACGAGAAGCCUCACCCAGUGUACCACUCUCCACCUCCACCAUACGAGAAGCCACACCCAGUGUACCACUCUCCACCACCACCACCACCACAUAAGCCUUACAAGUACCCAUCACCUCCACCCCCACCACACAAGUACCCUCACCCCCACCCUCACCCAGUUUACCACUCUCCUCCACCACCACCACCACCUAAGAAGCAUUACAAGUACUCAUCUCCUCCACCACCAGUUCACACUUACCCUCACCCUCACCCAGUCUACCACUCUCCCCCACCACCAGUUCACACUUACCCUCACCCACACCCAGUUUACCAUUCUCCUCCACCACCACCACCACAUGAGAAGCCAUACAAAUAUGCAUCGCCUCCACCACCACCAGUUCACACUUACCCUCACCCAGUUUACCAUUCACCUCCUCCUCCAGUCCAUUCCCCACCUCCUCCACACUACUACUACAAAUCACCUCCUCCCCCAUACCAUCACUAGAUAGUGGUGCGUUGAUUUGGCAUCAUACCAUCCACAUGGACUUGUAGAGAUCUCAAAGUGUGAAAACAAAGAAUGCCAAUUGACGGGGAUGCGUAAAGAAGUACAAGAGGGGAUUAAAUUUCAUAUAUUUCGGCAUACCUCUUUGACUAUUGCUCAGAGGAUCGAGAGGACUGUUGUGUUUAUAUUUCUUUAUUUCAAUUUCAAUUGUGUGUUUGUUGUAAUAGACAGUUGUUAGGCACUGUUCCCUCGUGUCUGCAGUUGUCUGCAUGCAUUACUGUAAUUUUCAAUAUUGUUCGGUUUGAUGCUCAUAAGUCCAAUAAAUAUUCCCCGUUUAUAAUA